AUGAAGACACCAUCGAUCCUCACCCUCGCCUGCGCAGCGACGGCAGCAGCACAAUCCGCGACAGUCGUCAUCGAGGCGAGCCAUGGAGGCGCUGGCCAAGGGCUCGCGAACACGACCAUCACAGUACCGUUAAACCAGCGAUAUACCGAUUCCGCAUUGGAUACUGUCAGUAACCUAUACCUGACUGGAGCUGAUGGUGUACCUCUCGACUCAAUCACCUGCACCCCGCACAGAAAUGGCAACUUGACAGGAGCCGGUGGCCUCCCUUUCACCAGCACCCAACCUAGUUCUCUUUCAACGAACACAGUGCAGGUCGGUUCGCUCUUCUGCAACAGCACGGACAGCUCGACCUCCUCUUCAAGCAGCGCAAGCAGCGCAAGCACGACGAGCACCGCAUCCAGCACCCAAACAGUCCCUGGUGUACUACCUCCAGUGGUGACCGACAGCACUACUCGAGGUGCAAAUGCUACCUCGAUCCUCCUGACAACGGUUUCCGGAUCCCAAUCAACAGCUUCGCCUUCGACCAUUACUAGCACGGCGAUCGUCUCUGGCAGCGAUGGACCUCAGACCUCGGUCUUCACGAGUGUAGUCAACGGCGAAGCCACAGCGACUGCUUCUGGUCCGCCAAGUCUCAAUACUGACAGUCAAGGCGCAGCUACGGCUAUAGGGUCGGGCGAUCGAAGUGUUCUUGGCGCGGCUGUCUUCUUGCUUGGUCUAAUGGCUUUGCUGUAG